AUGGCGAGAGAUUCAUCCCUUUGCAUUAUACUAGUCUCUAUCUCCAUUUUAGCAUGGCUAUCGGCUUGUGACGGCAAUAUCCCUGCUAGGAAUUGCUCAGAGUCUGAUAGAGAAGCUCUAAUUGACUUCAAUAAUGGCCUUCAAGAUCCUUAUAAUCGCCUGUCCUCAUGGCAAGGAAGCAAUUGUUGCUGGUGGCAAGGAAUAGGCUGUGAUGAGAGGACUAGAGGGGUGAUAAGCAUUGAUCUUCGUGGCUACUCUAGUAUGUAUACUUAUUGGAAACUGCGUGGAGAAAUUAGACCUUCAUUAGCGCGACUCAAGUCUCUGAGAUUCUUGGACUUGAGCUCAAAUAACUUUGAUGGCGUACCAAUUCCUGCAUUUGUUGGUUCUUUGGAGAACCUACAGUACCUGAACCUGUCAAUUGCCAGGUUUCGUGGUGCAAUUCCUCCAAAUCUAGGAAAUUUGUCAAACUUGCAGUAUCUUAAUCUUUCUACUCCCUUUCAGCGGUUAAGUACUAAUAAUCUCGGGUGGAUUUCUGGUCUUGGUUCUUUGAAAUAUCUUGCGCUUGAUGGAGUGAACCUCUCAAUGGUCAGUUCCACGUGGAUCAGUGUGCUAAACGGGUUUCCAUCAUUGUCGGGGUUGCAUCUGUCCGAUUGUCGGUUAUCUGGUUCAAUAUCAUCACCUGGUUUGGUGAACUUCACUUCACUCGCUGUUCUAGACCUUAGCUUCAACAGUUUCGAUUCAGAGUUCCCUCAAUGGCUUCUGAAUGUAAGCAGCCUUGUUAGUGUUGACAUGAGUUACAAUGGUCUAUAUGGAAGGAUCCCUCUUGGUCUAGGCGAGCUACCGCACUUGCAAAUCCUAAUUUUAUCUGGAAACAAUAAUCUCUCAGCAAGUUGCACUCAGUUGUUCCAAGGAUCAUGGAAAAGGAUAGAAGUCAUGGAUUUGGCUGAUAAUAAAAUACACGGAAUACUUCCCACUUCCAUUGGGAAAAUAACCACUCUCAGUAAUUUUGACCUUUCUUGGAAUCUGUUUCAGGGAGGAAUACCGAGCUCCAUCGGUUCGCUUUGUAGUUUAGUUAAUUUUGAUUUAUCCAACAACAACUUGACAAGUAGUUUGCCAGAAAUUUUGCAGAGGGGAUCUGAAACUUGUUAUUCCCAGAGUUCUUUGCCUAAUUUGAGGUACUUGAGAUUGAACGACAAUUGGUUGAGGGGUUAUCUGCCAAGUUGGAUGGGCCAACUUAAAAACCUUGAGGAACUAACCCUUGACUAUAACUUGCUUGAAGGGCCGAUUCCUUCUUCUCUUGGGACUCUGAAGAACCUCACCGUUUUGGACCUUGGUAGGAACCGAUUGAAUGGGACUCUUCCCGUUGAUCUGGGACAGCUUUCUGAGUUGGAUGUUCUCGACGUGUCUUUCAACCAUUUGUCAGGUACACUAUCUGAAGAACAUUUUGCAAAUCUACGCAAAAUGAAGACCUUAGAUCUCUCAUCCAACUCUUUCACUUUAAAUGUCAGUGCCGACUGGAUGCCUCCGUUCCAAGUCCAUCUUGGCAUGGGAUCGUGCCAGAUCGGUCCGUCUUUCCCCGCUUGGCUUAGACAUGAAAAUGAGAUCAACUAUCUUGAUUUUUCAAAUGCCAGCAUUUCGGGGCCUGUGCCAAGUUGGUUUUGGGACAUUUCUUCGAAUCUCUCUCUCCUCAACAUAUCUCUAAAUCUGUUGCAGGGCCAAUUACCUAAUCCGUUGCCAGCAUCUCCUCUUGCGCUUGUUGAUCUCAGCUCUAACCUUUUUCGAGGACCGUUCCCUCUUCCCAUUUCUGACUUUGAAUUGUUAGACCUCUCUAACAACCAAUUUUCAGGUGGCAUUCCACAAAAUUUAGGCAAGUACAUGCCAAAUUUGAUCUUCCUCUCCCUUUCAUCUAACAGAAUAAUAGGUGGGCUCCCAGAAUCUAUAGGAGAAAUGCAAUGGCUUCUGGUCAUCAACUUAGCAAACAACAAAUUAAGUGGAAGCAUUCCUCCAAGCAUAGGGAACUGCUCAAGCCUAGAGGUACUCGACCUGCAAAACAAUUCUUUAUCUGGAUUGAUACCCGCGUCUUUGGGCCAAUUACAAGGGCUUCAGUCUUUGCACCUCAGCAACAACAAGCUCUCGGGAGACCUUCCAUCUUCAUUCAAGAAUCUGUCCAGCUUAGAAACGCUAGAUAUUGGCAACAACCAAUUGAACGGCACCAUACCUGCAUGGAUGGCGGAGGGUUUCAUCAAUUUAAGAAUUUUAAGUUUGAGGUCCACUGCAUUUUCUGGAGAAAUUCCUCAUGAGCUCUCAAGUUUAAGCUCAUUGCAAGUGCUGGAUCUUGCAGAAAACAAUUUGACAGGUAACAUUCCUUCAAGCUUUGGAGAUCUUAAAGCAAUGGUGGAAGGGCAAGCUAGAAUCGAGUACCUAUUUUACGGGAACUACGGAGGCACAUACUAUCAAGAGAACUGCCGAGUGACCAUGCAAAGCCAGCGCCAACUGUACACCAAGACUCUUUCCCUUGUCACUAGCAUAGAUAUCUCCGGAAAUAAUUUAGGUGGAGAAUUUCCAAAAGAAAUGACUACACUGGCUGGAUUACUCAUUCUGAACUUAUCAAGAAACGGCAUUGGUGGUGAAAUUCCUGAGAGCAUUUCGAGCAUGAGCCAACUGUUAUCCCUUGAUCUUUCAAGCAACAGGCUUUUUGGUAUAAUCCCUCAAAGCAUGCCAUCGCUGUCAUUUUUGAGUGAUCUAAACUUAUCCGAUAAUAACUUAUCGGGAAAGAUUCCUUACACACAACAAAUGACGACAUUCGACCCUUCUUCAUACUAUGGAAACUCGGGACUCUGCGGUGCUCCUCUCAAUGUCACGUGUCCAGCCGAUGAACCUGACAAACGAGAGACAAUCGAGGACAGUCGCGGUGAUGAUGAGUUCAUUGAUCAGUGGUUUUACUUGAGCGUCGGCCUUGGAUAUGCUGCCGGUAUCUUAGUUCCAACUGUGGUCUUGCACAUCAAAGGUUCUUGGGCAAACUCAUACUUCGAUUUUAUAGAUAGAAUUGCCAGAAGGUGGUUGCCGAUUGGAAACAGGAGGGCGAAGCUUCUAAGAAAUAGGCGAUGA